AUGUCCUCCUGGCAAGACCUCUGCAACGCCCGCAAGCGCGCACAGGUCGCCGCCCUCCCCAAGCACUGGCUCAUCGACCUCCCGCCCGACCACGUCCGCGACGUCCGCGCCGUCCCCCACACCUGCCGCCUCCUCUCCCCGCGCGAGCUCGAGAUCACAGACACCACCGACGUCGACCGCCUCCUCCUCAACCUCCGCACCGCCGUCUGGUCCGCCGUCGAGGUCACCACCGCGUUCUACAAGCGCGCCGUCGUCGCCCAGCAGCUGACCAACUGCUUGACCGAGAUCUUCAUUGAUCGCGCCCUUGCCCGCGCGAAGGAGGUCGAUGACUACCUCAAGGCGACCGGCAGGCCCGUCGGGCCCCUCCAUGGCCUGCCCAUCUCCCUCAAGGACCAGUUCCCCCUCAAGGGCCUCGAGACCAUCAUGGGAUACGCGGGAUGGAUUGGCCGCUACGCCGACGCGGACUGCGUCCUGGUCGAGAUUCUCCACGAACAAGGCGCCGUCCCCUUCGUCCGCACCAAUGUGCCGCAGACCCUCAUGUGGGGUGAAACAUACAACCACGUCUUCGGGCGGACGACGCAUCCGUUCAACAGGGCCAUGACGCCCGGCGGCUCCUCCGGCGGCGAGGGCGCGCUCAUCGCCCUCCGCGGAAGCCCCCUGGGCGUCGGCACCGACAUCGGCGGCUCCGUCCGCAUCCCCAGCGCGUUCUGCGGGCUCUACGGCCUGCGCCCGUCCUACGCGCGCCUCCCGUACGCGAACGCCGUCAACUCCGCCGAGGGCCAGGAGAGCAUCGCGUCCGUGCUCGGCCCGAUGGCGGGCUCCCUCGCCGGCGUGCGCGUGUUCACGCAGGCGAUCGUCGACGCGCAGCCGUGGCGCCGCGACCCGCUCGCGGUGCGCAAGGCGUGGCAGUGGGACGAGUACGCGCUCAAGGAACAUGGCGCGGGCGGGCGCAUGUGCUUUGCGGUCAUGUGGGACAACGGGGUUGUCAAGCCGCACCCGCCGGUGAGGAGGGCGAUGGAGCUCGUGAAGGCCGCGCUGGAGAAGGCGGGGCAUACCGUGAUCGACUGGGAGAACCACCGACACCUGGAGCUGUACGAGGUUGCGGAACGCGUAUUCGCGGCGGACGACGCGCACGACUUCCUCACCGAGUGCGCCCGCUCCGGGGAGCCGCUCAUCCAGACCAUGAGCCCAGAGACGGACGCGCACGAAUACGCCCUCGACGAGCCCUUCGCGCGCACAAUCGUCGGCGAGCGCCGGCACCUGAGCGUGUACGAGCUCUGGCAGCUGCACAAGCAGAAGCGCGAUCUGCGCAAGUCCCACCUCGACCACUGGGAGGCGACCGUCGCGCGCACGCGCACGGGCCGCCCGGUCGACGCGAUCAUCAGCCCGGUGGCCCCGUACACGGCCUGCCCGCACGGGUGCAACUCGGACGCGUUCUACACGACUAUGACGAACACGCUGGACUAUACUACGUCCGUCUUCCCGGUGACGUGCGCGGACGCAGAGCUGGACAAGGCCGAGCCGCCGCAUGCUUUCUACAACCAUGAAGAUGAGGCGGUUUACAAGUUGUAUGAUCCGCAGCUCUUCCACGGGCUUCCCGUCGGCCUCCAGUUGAUCGGACGGACGCUGGAGGAGGAGGGUGUGAUUGCGAUGACGGAGGUUGUCGACAAGGCACUGAAGGCGAUGCAUUAA